ACAACAAAAAAAAAAAAAAAACACCCAUGACCGAUGCCCACAUGCGCGCGCUCGCCGGAACGCGGCCAAGUCGCCGCCAGUCGCCAGUCGCAUUGCUCAGCUGCAGACCCAUUGGCUCCAGCGUGCCCAUCUCGCAGGUCCCAGAUUGAACUGCCGCCCGCACAACACAACCCAGACAGGCACCGGCUCGGCUGGCAGACGCCAGAUAGAGAGGGAGCCUUGGUACCUAUGGUCACAUGUCGUCCCAAGAACACCACCUGCCAGCCCGUCUCAGCCACGUCCGCCUACGCUAGAUCUACGAUUAAUUGCUGUACGCCCUAGGCUAGCAAGGUCUUUCCUGGGCGGUGAGCUCCGUCCUAAGGUCUUCCCUCGUGCUAUCGCCCAUGGCCUCCGGCUGCCGCCUGUCGACCUGUACCUACCCCUCCGCACCCGACAACGAGGACGCUCCCUCAUGCUGUGAGCAAGUUGGAGCUUGGUGACGUGACCCCUGGCAGCAGGGCCCGGACUCAUGAGACGGCACCUGGUCUAGUGCCCACACCCACAACCGAGUCCCACUCACCACCACCCGGGGCCUUGCUGGUCCCCACCUCCCCCUGCCCCUGGCCGCCGGGAUGGCUGCGCAACUGGGGUUGGUGAGUGGUUGCUUGGCAAGGCGAGAGGACGCUGGACGUCAUUGGCUGCCGCGUCGGCGAGACUAAAAAGGCUCGCAGGAUCCUCCGUUCGCCAUCAUCACUCUUGCCCUUCUUUCCUUCCUCACCCUCACUUUCCCUGUGGUUUUCUCUCUCUCUGAAACGGCGCCGUUCAGGUUCCUCACAUUCUUUCUGGACUUCCAUUCAUUCUUUGAUUCUUCAGCCUUGUGAUCGCGCCUUUGCGUCAUAAGCAUCAACCCCUUCCAGCCAGUUCCAACGUCAGGUGACGGGAUCAACUAGCUGUUCACUUCUUUGCCUCCUUGUGAAGCCCCUAUAUUCUUCGUUCUUGAACAUAUAGCGUGUGAGCAACUGUGUCUGCCACCAGCCAAAUUUCGCCCUUGCUUGUGGAAUCGACAUUCCCUCUUUUUUCCUUGCCAACGUUUGAUAUACCCCUGCCUGGACAGCGCGCGACCAUUCUCUUGGGAGAGAUCUCGAAACAACCAACCAGGGAAACGACGAGAAUCUCCUCUUUUCCGACUUCCACAAACAUCACCAAACACGCUGCCAAAAAUACCAAGCAGUCAAGAUGAAGUUCUUCACCGUCCUCAGCAUUUUCACCGCUGCCACUGCUGCGUACUCGCACCAGCACGCCCACCCGCGCAUCAACUUCCGCAACUUCCGCCGCGCCAACACUACUCAAGCCAUCUCUAGCUCGAGCUCCUCGUCCACCGCCAAGAUUGAGGCGGCCACAUCCUUGAGUGCCACUUCCAGCAAGGCUGCCUCUACCAAGGCUGUCUCGGUCUCCAAGGCCUCGACACCUGUCGCUGUCGGCACGGGUGGCCUGGUCGAGAAGAACCGCCCGGCCGUCGGAACCGGAUCUGGCGUUGCCGCCCGGCCCGCAACCACCAGCACUGCCUCUGGUGGCGGUGCCCAAAUCACCACCGUGGUCGUGAAGACUACCUCUGUGAAGACCAUCAUCUCUUGCGCCCCCAAUGUCACCAACUGCCCCGGUCGUAACGGCACCAUCGCCACUGCUAGGAACGCCACCUCCCAGGCUGGCGUUUCCCAGAUCGUUAUCACCGAGACCGCAGUUCUCACCUCUGUUGUCUGCCCCGUCUCCGAUGUCCCCAAGGUCGAGUCCAGCCUCAGCAAGGCUCUCUCGGCAAGCACCAAGCCCGUGGCCAGCACCAAGCCUGCCGUGAACACCCAGGUCACCGCUACCGCCACCUCGGCCCCCGCUGCUACCAACGGCGCUGCGACCACCACCCUUGUCGUCAAGACCACCUCGGUCAAGACCAUCAUCUCUUGUGCUCCUGAAGUUACCAACUGCCCAGGUCGCAACGGAACUCCCGCCACCAUGACCACGCCGAUAUCUGGAGUCUCCCAGAUUGUCGUCACCGAGACUGCUGUCCUGACCACUGUUGUCUGCCCCGUUUCCGAUGUCCCCAAGGUCCAGAGCAGCGUCUCCAAGGCUCUGGGAGCUACCUCUAGCCAGCCCCAAGGCAUGACCACCGUCGUCUCCACUGAGCUCAAGGAGACCAUUAUCACCCGCACCACUGAGCGCGUCGUCACUGUCACUCUUGGUGGCGGCGGUGCAGGCAGCUCUCCCAACGUGAUUACCACCACUAUUUCCAACACUCUGCAGUCGACCUCUACCGCUACUGUCACGGCUGUCCACACUGUUCCUUGCAACGGAGCUUGCGGCAACACCAACGGCGGUCAGGGCAAGGGCAAGGGCAACGAGAACAAGGACAAGCCCAAAGGUGGCAGCGGCGGCGGCAACAACGCUGCUACCACCACCAACACCGCCACCAUGACCGGCACCCGCACCCUCACUGUCAAGAAGCCCGGUCAGACUCAGGUCUCUCCUGGUACUGGCAACGGCGGCAGCCAGGGUGGAAACAACGGUGGUAACCAGGGCGGCAACAACGGCGGCAACGGCGCUGUUUGCGAGCCUGUUACCGUCACCAAGGCUGCUGAGUGCGCCCCUCCGGCGACCGUCACCGUGACCGCUGCUGCCAUCACUGUCACCGUCACUGCCCCCGCCGCUGCCGCCACUACCCCUGCGGGCGACAACAAGGGCACUGGCAAAAAGCAGGAGGGGGAGAAGCAGGCUGGCAAGAAGAAUCAGCCCGCUGCUACCACCUCGGCUGCUGCCGCCACCACUCCGGCGCCGGCUUCCCAGGCCGGUGAGGACGCUUCCUGUGACGCUGACGAGGAGGACGAGACCUCGACCUCUGCUACCAAGGCCACUUCCACCAAGCCCUCGAUGCCUCUGAACACCGCUGGUUCCACGAAGCCCGGUGUCAGCAACAACAACAAGACCGUCAAGGCUCACCUCAUGAAGCAGCACUCCGGCAGGAGCGAGAACCUCUUCUAAAGGAGCGGGAGAAAAAAAAGAUCAACCCUUGAAAAAAAAACC